AUGGUUCGAGAAAGAGCCUCUGUUGGACUUGCCCAGCCAGCAGACUUUUGCUAUGACGCCAUCGAUCAAAUUGUUGCUCAUACCCUCGAUCCCCAUACCACACUCGUGACCCUUACUGUCCUCGCCAAAGGCCUUCGCUCAGAUGUAGCUGAAUGGGAUAUCCAGGAGCAUCGACUGACUUUGUUAUACAACUACUGGACCAGCUUUGAGGGCAAGACGCGUCAAGACGUUCUAGGAAUCGGAGAACUUUACCACCCUUUUCGAUUGCUUCGACACCGUCGUGGAGAGGACGUCUCGUGGGAGCCAGCCGCGAAGAUUCGCGCCGAUGCGCCUGAUGUGUUGAUAGACUACUGUUGCAAUGUAAAUGAUGGUGGAGUAAAUGCAGCGCUGUUCGGAUCCAUGGCGCGAAUGGAGGCAUACAGCGAGGUCAAGAACCAAGCAGAAGAGAUCAGGUCUCAAGCCGCUGCGCUUACGAUCGCAAGACGUCCAGCGAAGAGGAUUGGGGACAGUGUUGCCGAGCCGGCCAAGUCCCCAAUCAAAAAGUACCGACGCUCAUCCAGACAUGGUUCGACACCAGGCACACCACAUCCCUUGCCCGGAUUGUCAGUAUCUAAACGGAGACAAUCGCAGGCCCCCAAUGGCGACAUCCAGCCACAGCCAACCCCUAGAUCGGCCGUUUCAACCACGAGACGGUUAAGUUUCCCGACGCAUGAUACCGAAAAUGCCGGGGCGUCUCCCUCACCAGCACUUCGACCUUUGUCCCCGCGGAAUAGCACGCGAGAAGCCUCUGUUGAGCCUGCCACAUCGAUUGACGCCCAGAAUCUUAGAACUACAGUUGAUGGCCGCACAAUGCUAUGGUUUAUGGACGAUUACACUGUUGCCGACAUGCAAAAGGUUUGCCGCUUCGUUGAUGAACAUUGCACAGGCAAACUACGUUCACCCUUGUACAGCGGCGGCGACUGGGACGGACAGGCUGCCAGCGGGAGAUGGGAGAACGUUUUUGCUGUAAGUCCCCUUGGACGCUCGGGCAAACAGGUAUGA